CUGUGCACUCCGCUGUGGCGGAAGUAAGUGAACGCUCAGGCCUCAUCCUUCCAAUGGCGACUGCAAACAGGCUCAACAGAAAGCGGGAGCAACUGUGGAGGGGGCCAGAGCACUGGAACAACCACAAUUAAUUAAAUAUAUCAAUCUUCACACAGCCAUAAAGUUGGAGUAAAAAUCAACUUGAACUCUCCAACUAAAGGCCGAUUCCAUGGCCAAAAAUCGGAACAUUUCGCUCCUUGAGACGGAGCUGUAUUACCUAGUAUCUCGUUUUCUAACCACGGGUCCCUGUCGGAGAGCAGCUGAGGUUCUGGCCAGUGAAUUAGAGGAAUAUCAGCUCUUACCAGGGAGAUUGGAUUGGCAGGGAAACAAACACGCCAGAUCAUAUGAAGAUGUGGUGGCAGCCAACAGACAUAUUGCUCCUGACCAUUUACUUAAGAUAUGUCAACAAAUCGGACCACUUCUUGACAAAGAGGUGCCAUCAUGUGUCCCAGGUGUACACUCACUAUUGGGCUCAGGAAAGCAAUCCAUGCUUCGGACAGCAAAAGAAUGCGAGAAUGUGCGGUUUACAGUUUCUUCAUAUGCAGCCCUACACAGGGGACGACCACCAGAGAGGCCUUUGAACUGCAGAAAACCUCCACCUCUUGUGAAGGUUCACAGAGGGAGAGAGCUGACUGGAGUCCAGAAUUUUAGCUCGAUCAAUCCUGUCAGCAACUAUGAGCGCAUGCGUCUGCACCGCCGCAUCCUGGGCCAUCUGUCUGCAGUAUACUGUAUCGCCUUUGACCGCACUGGUCUCAGGAUCUUCACAGGCUCAGAUGACUGUCUGGUAAAGAUAUGGUCUUCAUUUGAUGGGCGGCUUCAUUCAACGUUGCGAGGACAUUCUGCUGAGAUCACUGAUUUGGCAGUGAAUUAUGAAAACACACUGAUAGCAGCAGGAAGCUGUGACAAAACCAUCCGUGUGUGGUGCCUUCGAACCUGUGCUCCUGUAGCUGUGCUGCAGGGACACAGUGGAUCCAUUACCUCUUUACAGUUCUCACCAUUUGCCAAGGGCUCAAAACGUUACAUGCUGUCAACUGGUACUGAUGCUACUGUCUGCUUCUGGCUGUGGGAUGUUCAAAACAUCAACUUUAGUGACCGACCCAUAAAGUUCACAGAGAGACCACGACCAGGAGUUCAGACUGUUUGCUCCUCCUUCAGUCCAGGUGGGAUGUUCCUAGCUACAGGAAGCACAGAUGAUGUCAUCAGAAUAUAUUACCUGGGAAGUGGCAGUCCUGAGAAAAUAUCAGAACUCCAUGAACACACUGAUAAAGUUGAUAGCAUUCAGUUUUGCCAUACAAGUGAAAGGUUUGUGAGUGGGAGUCGAGAUGGAACAGCGCGUAUCUGGAAGCUCCAUAACCGGCACCAGUGGAGAUGUAUUCUGCUCAACAUGGCUGCUACACUGCCAGGAGCCGAUCCAGUGAGUGAUUCAGAAGAAAGCUACUUCAAACCCAAAGUCACCAUGGUUGCGUGGGAUCGCCAUGACAAUACAGUUAUCACAGCCAUCAACAACCAUCUCGUCAAAGUGUGGAACUCCUACACAGGACAGCUGCUGCAUGUCCUCAAAGGGCAUGAGGCUGAGGUGUUUGUCCUUGAGCCACAUCCCUUUGACCCGAGGAUCAUCCUGUCUGCUGGCCAUGACGGGAAUGUGUACAUUUGGGACCUUCAGCGAGGAACUAACAUUCAGCACUACUUCAAUAUGAUUGAGGGCCAAGGACAUGGAGCAGUGUUUGACUGUAAGUUCACUCCUGAUGGACAGCGUUUUGCCUGCACUGAUUCACAUGGCCAUCUGCUAAUCUUUGGCUUUGGCAGUUCUAAGCCAUACGAGAAGCUUCCAGACCAAGUGUUCUUUCACACAGACUACAGGCCCCUUAUCAGAGAUGCCAAUGGCUUUGUCCUGGACGAACAGACACAACAGGCUCCUCACCUCAUGCCUCCUCCAUUUUUGGUGGAUGUAGAUGGAAACCCUCACCCACCCAGGUAUCAGCGCUUGGUUCCUGGUCGGGAAAACAUCUCAGCUGAACACUUGGUUCCACAGCUGGGAUAUGUUGCUACAAGUGAUGGUGAGGUGGUGGAGCAGGUGAUCAGUCAGCAGACUGCAGAGCCAGAGGAAGUGUCUGUAAGGCGGAGUAGUCUCCUGGAUGAGGCCAUCCGACAGCUACAGGCACAACAAGACCGUCAGACGCAGCCUGAGAGUGGAGGACCACAGCAACAUCACACAGAGGGUCCAGCGCUGGUCCCUGCACCCAGCACCCCGCGCAGAGUGUCGGUCAAUGAUCGAGCUGAUGUGCAGUCUCCUCCUAAUGUGGGAUUGCGACGCAGUGGUCAGGUGGAGGGUGUGCGGCAGAUGCACCAGAAUGCCCCGCGCAGCCAAAUGGCCACAGAGAGAGACUUGCAGGCCUGGAGACGGAGGGUGGUGGUGCCUGAACUGCCUCCCAGCUGCUAUAGGGAUCAGGAGGAGAUCAGAGGUGUUAAAGGAGAUGAAGAAGUUGCACUAUUUAUUGCACGCAAAAGACGUAUUAUGUACAGCAGCUGUCGAGAUGAUUCUGAUGAAGAGCCACCCCCUGUGAAGAAGUCCCACAGUCGCACUGAGCCUCAGGAGUUUUUGGACUUGUCCUGUGAAGACGGAGAGGAGACGGCCUCCUCAGAUGCACACACUGAGGACAAUGAACUGGACGGCAGUGACCUAGACACAUCCAAUGACGAGGAGUGGAAUAGUGACAGCCCAAGCCACUCAUCUAGUGAGUACUCGGACUGGACUGCAGAUGCAGGGAUAAACCUGCAGCCCUCCACGCCCCUGUCAGCGAGAAAGCGCGUGCGGCGGCAGCUCAGCAGCUCUGAAGAAGAGGAGGAAGAGACAAAAGAAGAGGAGAAUGAUGAAGAGGAGGAGAAACAGCACAACGAAGAGGAAAACUCUCAGAAGAAAAACAAAGCAAAGGAGAAAACGAAGUCCCCACGGCGACCCAAACCCAGGCCAUCUAUCAACAGAGAAGUAUCCAAUGAGUUCAGACCAUCCCAGUGGAUUACUGAUGUCACUCCCAGGAAGUCUCCUUUUGUCCCUCAAAUGGGGGAUGAGGUAAUCUACUUUCGCCAAGGACAUGAGGCCUAUGUUGACGCUGUGUGCCGAACUGAACUGUAUCCCAUUAAUUUAGAAAAACAGCCUUGGAAGAAAAUGGAGCUACGGGACCAGGAGUUUGUAAAGAUUACAGGGAUUAAAUAUGAAGUCUGCCCCCCAACACUGUGCUGCCUGAAGCUGACUCUUAUUGACACUGGCACUGGCAAAAUCACUGACAAGUCUUUUACUAUAAAGUAUCACGACAUGCCUGAUGUCAUUGAUUUCUUGGUCCUAAGGCAAAGCUAUGAUGAAGCACUCCGAAGGAACUGGCAGCCAAAUGACAGGUUCCGCUCAGUUAUAGAUGAUGCUUGGUGGUUUGGAACUAUAGUCUGUCAAGAGCCUUAUCAGCCAGAGUACCCAGACAGCCUGUUUCAGUGUUUCAAAGUCAGGUGGGAUAAUGGGGAGACGGAGAAGCUGAGUCCUUGGGAUAUUGAGCUAAUUUCUGAUGAGGCCCAGCAGCCUGAAACAGAAGGAGGAGGGAUCCCAGUGACACCAGAGGAGAUGAGGGAACUCAUGUACAAGCCUCAGCCUGGAGAGUGGGGUGAACGGAGUCGCGACAAUGAGUGUGAACGCAUCAUCACAGGCAUCAGUCAGCUCAGCAGUGUUGACAUUGUUGCACCCUUUGCUGGCCCAGUGGACCUCACCCAGUACCCCACCUACUGCACUGUGAUUGCCUACCCCACAGAUCUGGGCACCAUCAAGCUGCGGCUCAUGCGCAGAUUCUACAGACGACUUUCUGCACUAAUUUGGGAUGCAAGAUAUAUUGCAACCAAUGCACGCACUUUUAAUGAGCCAAGAAGCAAAAUAGCAGACUCGGCCAAAAUCAUCACUAAUGUUCUUCUGAAGUUUAUCAACAAUCCAAGCUGCACAGAUAUUAUGGAGAUUUAUAAUGCUGUGGAGGAGAUGGGUGAUGAUGGGGAUGAAGAGGAAGACACAGAGGCUCCAGGGACAUCUUCUGGACAUCGACUGCGGCAGCGCUCUAUAGAAGUCCUUCCUGAUCGAGAUGCUUGGAAGGAGCAAUGCAAGAGUCUGCUGAAUUAUAUUUUAGAAUGCGAGGACUCUGAGCCAUUCAGACAGCCUGUGGAUCCAGACAACUAUCCAGACUACCAUGACAUUAUCGACACACCAAUGGACUUUGGCACAGUGAAGAGAACUUUAGAGGGAGACCACUAUGAAAACCCCAUAGAAUUGUGCAAAGAUGCACGGUUAAUAUUUGCCAAUGCCAAAGCCUACACUCCCAACAAACGCUCCAAGAUUUACAGCAUGACAUUGCGGCUGUCUGCGUUUUUUGAAGAGCGAGUCCGAACUAUCAUAUCAGAGUACAAAACGGCUGUGAAGAGCAGUGAGAGGCUCCGACGAAGCCAAAGGUUCCGCAAGAAGAUGCAACAACAGGAACAGCCAUCAACCACCAAUAAUACAAAUCACAGGAAAGGUGCUGUCAAAACUCAGGAAAAAAGGGAGACAUCAGUGACCAAUUCUACCUCAGCCAAGAGUGUCUUGGAGAGGCCCCGUCGGAAGCAGCGCAGCUCUGAGAACAGCUCGUCUGAAGAGGACGCUAAAGCUGCCUCUACUUCAGAGUCGGAAAGUGAGAGCGAUGCCAGUGAGUCUGAAGAUGACAAACACUCAAGAACAUCCAGACAACAAGGCAAAACCACACGGCCCACCAGAAGCAACAAUUCAAAACAUGCUAACAAAGCUGCAAGUGAUAGUGAUGAUGACAAUGAAGAGGAACUAGCUAGUGAUGAAGAGGAGAUGUCAAGCAGUCGCUAUCCUAGCAGAUCCAGUCACAGGAGCACAAGAUUCACCAGAAACCGCUCUGGUGUAGACAGAAGGCAGUCAGAGCGUUCCAUGGUGAAUGGCCACAGCAGCCGCCCUUCUCUCAGGGACAGGCGACAACGCAGUGAGUCUGACAGAGCUUCCUCAGACUCUGAGGAAGAGGAAGCAUCAGGCCGCAGGGCUUUAAAGAGGAGGACAGCUCAGGCCGCUGUCAAUAAGAUCAAACUGUUAGAGGCUUCUGAAGAGGAAGGCUCAGAGAAGGAGGAGCAGCAAGACCAGUCACCAAGAAAUAGUCAUCUACGAAACCCAUCUCGAACUAACAAACGUGCAGCAGUAAUCAAGAGCAGCUCGGAAUCUGAGGAAGAUUCUCACAACACAAAUGAAUCCAGUGAUGAGGAGGUUCAAAGCAGAAACUCUUCAUCUUGUCAGCAAAAUGGAAACACUAAAAAACAAAGACAAGACCCAAAACCAAAAAGCAACGAUAUCUUAGCCAAUGGACAUGACGCAAAACAUUGUUCAGACCAGGAGGAAUCUAGUGAAGAAAGUUCUGAAGAAGAUGAAGAGCAGGCUGAGAAACCUGUAAGAAGAGCAGCAAUCACUGCUGCGAAGAAAAGUAGGAUUUCAAGUAAUGAGGAUGAGCAGGAUGAAGAGGACUGGCAGCCGCCUAAAAAAGACAAAAGUCCUUCUUCACAGAAACAAACAAAUCAAAAUGGACAAGAAUCAGAUAAAUGUAGUCGUAAGAAAAAAGCAAAUAAAUUGUUAUCAAAAGGCCAAGACCAACCAAAAUUUGCUGCAUCUAGAAAACUGGAAGCUGACGAUUCUGAGGAGCAGAGUGAUGCUCCUAUGACAUCCAGAACACGUGCGAAAAAGGAAAAAGAAAGCUCCAGUGAGGAGUUUGAGCCUGAUGCACGUUCGCUAAGGCGCACUAGAAACAAGGGUAAAUCGAAGCGAGGUCGCGGUAACUCCUCUGCCUCAGAGAGCUCUAACCAGGAAUACAAGCCUAGGACCAAGUCCAGACGAAAAGGCUCCACUGGCUCUUCAGAGGAGGACUCUGAUCAUUCAGACAACAGUAGCAGAAGGCCAAGACUUAGGACUUUAACAAAAAAGAAAUACACAAGUGAUCACUCCCUUUCUGACACCUCUGAGAGCCAAACGAAAGCAACAAACGGAAUCUCCACCUCAGCAUCUAACAGACCGAAAAGGCAGGCAUCAAACAGAAAUGUAUCAAAUGGAAUAAGAGCGCAACCUUCUUCCAAAAGAAAACGUAUUUACACUUCAGAUUCUGAGGAGGCAGAGGAGAAGCAAGAGGAGCCUGUGUCCAAGAAGAACAAGAACAAGAACAGCAGGUCUGGACCUUCCAAAACUCCUAAAAGGAAAUCCAAAUCACUGGAUAGCGGCAGCAAUGAGGAGGAUUCUGCUUCUCAUUCUGUAGAUCAAGAAGAGGAGGACACUGGCCGUUCAGGGAGAGGAAAGAAGAAUGUAAAGCAGCCAAACCGUAAAAAGGGAAGGGAAAGCUACAGCAGCAACAGCAGUAGUCACACAUCGCACUCAGAAAGUGACCAGUCUUCUGUCUCUGAACAUUCACUCUCUGGCUCAGGGUCCCACAGCAGUCCAAAGAGAAGGCAGGCUCACCGGCGGCCCCAGAGGACAUCCCGCCUCCAGCUCAGACAGCGUCGCACCUUUGCUGCCUCUGAGGGGGAGGAGAGUGAUGAAACGUACGGCAAACGGACCCCGCGGGUGAAUACACGCUACAGGGGGAAAAGAACUAUCAACUAUCAAGACAGUGAAUGAAGGACUUCAUCUGGGGCUCUUAUUGAACGAUGAGUUAAAUUUGUAUUCAGAUUUGUGUGUCUGAACUGGUGAAUGUGUGGAAUGACCCUGUCAAUGCAUAAAAUCUUUGUCUCGCACAGCUCUAAAUUCAGACAGCUAUGUGGCUACAAUGUAGACUAGUCAGUUUAGACCAUCACUCCUUGUUCCUCUCAAAAAUGAAGGCUGCAGAUUGUGGUUAAAUUAGAGUGCAGACCACCACCUAUUAAUCUGCAUGUCUGUUUUGGAUCAUUAUUUCCAUACAAAUUAAAUUAAAUCACCUCCUACGCACCUGUCGCCCAGUCGGGUGUGCGGAGUUUACACAGAAACAUACAAAUUAAAUUAAAAUAACUGAUGGUUUGAAAUAUUUUAUUAUAGCUGAGUUGUAGACAACUGUGUCUAUUUAAAAUGGCAUGUUUAAAAAUAAAAACUGUCUGAAUUUAGAGCCUAGAGGGUCUUGUGGAUUUACAGAGGCAUUAUUGAACAUGUUUACAUGAUGUGCAAAUCUAAUACAUCCAAUAUUUCAGCCACAGCAAUAGCCGUAUACUUAGCAGCUUUAGACAUUAACUGGAGACUGUCAAAGAGACACUUGAUGGUCACAAUAUGGUAGUAGCACUGGAGUCUUUGAAAGGAAAUGCUGUGAAUCUGUUUCAUUCAGGGAUAUUAUUUAUAUUUUCUAUGAAAAACUUGUUUAUAAAUGAAAUACAAAUUCAAGCAUUUGAGCUGCUGUUUUUCACAAGGACAGUGAAUGCUUAUUUCUCACAUACAGCUUGUAAUAUGGUCAGCUGAGUUGCCAUUCUGGGGGAUUCGGCCUGCUCGGGUGCUAUCUAAUAUACCUCUGUUUUAGGGCUGCAGCUAUCAAUUUAGUAAUCGAGUAAUUUAUCGAUUAUUUCCUUUAAUGAAUAGAGUAAUCUCUUUUAACUUCCAUAAAAUAUCCUUAAAAGUAUAUUAAUUGUUUUUUAGGUUAUGGUUCAUAGAUAACACAAAUAAGUCAUUUUGCUGCUUGAAAUAACACAUGUAUUCUUAAUUGCAUAUCAAUAUGCCCCCAAAACAACCAUUUCACUUCCAUAAUGGAUAAACAAAUCAGAAUGUCCCUGGAAUAUUUAUUAACAAUUUACUUGUCAACAGACUUUGGUUCACAUUAAUGGGACCUGUUUACAACACAGUAACAGUUUCUAUGAAUUCAUUUAAUAGAAAACAAAGAUUUAUGUCUCAUCAUUUCAGCUAAGAUAAGAGUUUAUCCUGCCUUGUUGUGUUUUGAGCUCUGUGCUCUACUGUACUGAGUUAUUUUGCAUGGGUAGCUCCGUGUGUCAUUCACUUUAGCCUCUGUCUUUGCCUCUGGUUUUGGUCUUUUAUUGAACUGGUUUGUUUUCGUCAUCGCGGUCCUCCGUGCUCUCGCACGCAACUAAACUCCGCUUUUUAAACUCACUCGUGGAUUUAGAAUACACUGCUCUCUUCACUGUUAUGCAGUCUGUGCAAUGCAGGCUCCGUGCGGAAACAAUUAAUUAUAAUCAUUAAAUGAAUCAUCGAGGCAAUAAAAUAAUCGAAGCUUUUUAGUAAUCAAAUUACUCGAUUUUACUCGAUUAAUCGUUUCAGCCCUACUCUGUUUAAAUCGAGCAUAUUGCUGGCUUGCACUAAUAGACACUGUACAGAGGUAUUUCAUACACUAGUUUUGCAUUAGAAUCUCAGGGGUCAGCUAAGUUUACUGUAGUCUCAAUCACGCAGGUUUUGUGAGCAGAGAUAAAAGCAAUUCCACGUCUGAAAAUGUCCACGCACAUGAACAGGGACAAAACAAGUCAUUAAUUUAUGGGAAGACUUGACUACAGCACUCCCUUAUAGUUCCACAUACAAACUUCACUGUUCUGGAUUAAAAUGAGCCAAAUGAAUAGAAGUCCCCCCAAUGGCAUUUCUUUGUGAGUUUAUUAUUUAGUGAAUUAGUGUAGAUACUAGCAAAAUGUUAAUUUAAAAUGUUUUUGUUCCUUCCUUCUGACUUCAUUUUUUCCCACUAAUUGUUUUUUCGUCUUGCCAUAUGUCACACAUUGGUACUUUUUGCUGAGUACAAGUAACCAAAUGUACAUAAGCAAAAUUUUGUGAUUUCUCAUAUUGGGAAGACUUUUUAUAUUCCUGUGUUAAGUACAGUCAGUAUUAAAAUUAAUUUUCCCAGAUUUGCCAGCCACUUAGAAUUUAGUUUUGUUUAUGGGGAGGUUUCUUAAUACAGUCGCUUUUUGGCAUUUUGCUUAAUGUUUUUCAUACUACAUGUGUAAUAAACAGGAAAACUGUUAAAGCAAAUGUGGUUGUGGAGUGCAAUGAUUUGUUUUUGUUUUUUUAAUAAAACAUUUCACUCAUA